AUGAAGUUUAAGGAAAAGAAAAUGCCAAGCAUGUUCAGGCGGAAAACAAAGAAUGGGAAUGAAGACAAACCUUUAAUGAAAAACAUAGAGCAGACAGAUGGGGAACAGGCAUCUGAAUACAGUUCACAGCAGUCUGGAGUUCCUGAUCUCAUUGCUCUAGAUGUUGAAGCACAUAACAAGAGAGUGCUUCAUACUCUCAGAAAGAUUCUGAGUGACCAAUCAACCCCUGAGGACUUUGACCCUGCAGUUGAGGAGUUGAACACCUUGUGCAAACUGAAUAACAACUACUCUCAAUACUGGCUUUGUGAGUACCUUCAGGAAGUAGAUCAGUUUGUGGAGAAUCACUUUCCCACGCUGCCAGCAGAGAGACCACGAGGAUCUCAGUUAGAGCAGAUACAGGACUUUCUAAAGAGAACACAGGGCAUGAUAUAUGAUGAGGUGCUUCGAUUAACACCUGCACUGAAAGAUGCUGGGCUGCUAGAUCAUCUGAUGGACAGUUACAGCCGUCACAUCUUUACCAACCUGGACCUGCUGCUAAACAGAGAUCUGUCUGUAAAAGAGAUCUUCUGCCUUCUACUGUGGGGAAAAGAUGUUUUCUUCAGCUCCGAAUCAAAACUGAGAGUGGACGAUCCUCUGCUGUUGACAAGAGGGUUUGAGAGAGCAAAGCAGAAACUACUGCAAGUAUUAGGGCUGACAGAGGCAAUCCAAAAGCAAUGUGCAUCUCUGCCUCAGACUGAUGUGGGAAAAGAGAUUCAGGAGAUCUUUGUGAAUGUAUCCUAUGACUGCGUUUCACGUGUGUAUCUGGAUUGCCUGAUGCAGAGCAAGUUCAGACGGCUAGAGAGGAGAUGGAGAAAUGUUGGAGAAAGGAUAAGAGAGGACAUUCUCAGUUUACACAACACAUUCACUGAACUGAAUGGCAGUGAUGACCAGCAGAACCAUCUCCUUCAGAGACUCAGUGAAGUUUUGCUUCACCGUGAUGUAGAAGCACUGAAGAUUACCUGUUGUGCUUUGUUCAGAGAUUUCCCUCAGGAGAGUGAGCAGUAUGUACCUGGUCUGCUGCGCUGGAAGGGGGUGUUUUCAGAGCGACAGGUGAGGGAAGUGCUGGAUGUGAGCCGGGACCUCGGCCUCGAUCUGAAGCCUAGACGUGUCACCUGUCAGCCUCUGAAGGGACUUUGCUGUUGUCUGAUAUGA